AUGACCAUCUCCAGCAAGAAGUCAUCGAGAAGCGGCGUUCACGAGGACCGGAUCUCGCAGCUCCCUGAGGAAAUCAUCCACCAAAUCCUUCAUCUCCUCUACAACCCACGGGAAGCGGCGAGAACGAGCAUCUUGUCAAGAACCUGGCGUCACCUCUGGCAAACUUACCCUUUCGUCGAAUUUUGGUAUUUAUCAGAGAGAAGGAGGAAUCCUGAUUCGGUGCCACCUACAGACGAGUUCCAAAGCUUCGCCAAUGCCACUUUCAUGAGGCUGCGGAGGAGGAGGAGGAAUCUUCCUGAUUCAGUAGUACCGCCUCUAGACGCCUUCCACAUCGCAUUCGAAACCUCAAGUGACAGUGACAACGAGAAGCUGCUGGUGGAUGAGUUGCUGUCUACGGCGUCGUUGCUGCCCACCAACGACGACGGCUGCUGCAGCAGAUCCCCGCUUCGGAUUUACUUUCACUGCCAUCCCACCACUUACCCUCGCUUUUUUUAUCGUCUGCCUGACGGAGUGUUUUUGAGUUGCAGCCGCACCAAAUUUCUCAGCCUCGCAGGUUGCGACCUGACCCAUUACCACAGCAACCGUUACAACAACAUACGCCUCGACAGCCUCGAGGAGCUCCGUCUCGCCUACUGCCGCAUCACCCAACAGAUUCUACAGGUCUGCCUCCUGCCCAACACGCCGAAACUCAAGACGUUGCAGUUGCAGUUCUCCUAUGACGACGUGCUCGACAGCUUGGAUGUCUCCCAUCCAAACUUGAAAACCCUUCGCGUGCUACAGGAUAGCGCUGAUGGCCGCAAAAUGCAGCUCCAGCUCACCUCAGCCCCUCUCCUGCACACGCUUGGCCUUGCCUACUGGCACGCGCUGAAGGUGACAGUCUCGUCGGCAGCUUCGGUUCCGAAUCUCAAAUCUCUAGAGCUCGACGACAAAGCCCCCUACCAGGGAUUUCGGCUUCACGACGUCACCUCCAUCUUCCCGCAUCUGGAGUCGAUCGACUUUUACAAGGGAGGGAGAGCAGUUGUUAGCAGGUUGCAGCUGCCUUGGCUAAAGAUUGAUGACAACUCAGCCGCCUCCAAGCUCCGGAGUUUAAAGUUGACCUACACGUGGUUGAAGGAGCCACUGGAGAUUGACGCUCCCAAUCUGGCCAGUCUCUGCAUCGAUACCGAAAAUGGCGUCCAUAAUAUCAAUGUUAUCAACGUCGCUCCCAAUUGCCAAUGUGUAGUUCAUUGGCGCAUCAAACCAUACACGUUUAGCAGAGAUUGGUUUCCCGGGCUGAGGUCGUGUCUUGCAACACUGACUCAAUUCCCUCGCCGCUCGGUUUUGAACUUGUACUUCCAUCCAUGGAAUCGCGUAAAGGAGGUGUUUGGUCCCAAUCAACUACUUGAAUGGGCAUCCUCUCCUCCACUAGAGGUGCAACGUUUACAACUCGGGCGGGGCUACUCAUCCAAACUUUUUGACGAGGAUGCAUCGUAUACCAUCCGUAUUCUUGAAGGUCUUUUGAGGACCUGCCAUCCCAAGACAAUAUCCAUAGGUCAAAAUGCUAGUCCGACGGAUCGAGACAGGUUCAGACUUCAGAUCCGCCACCAGAAGCGUAUGAUUUUGGGACUGUCGCCUUACUCGCACCAUCGGCGCAGCAAUGGAGGAGGUCGUCGCGAACUCGUCAUCUUCCGCCGCGGCUCCGAUGUGCUAGAGCAAUAUCUUGAAGAGCCAGCCGCCGGCGCCGUCACCAAAGCCACAGAGCUCUACAAGCGCGACCCAGAUGUUCGACGAGAGCUGCAAGUCGAGCAAAGGGACAAGGGGGUGACGGGGCUGAGCACGAGCGUCGGGAAGUCGAGGAAGUGA